AUGGAUGAGCACGAUCACCCAGUGUUGCCGGCAUUUGUCAACUACUUAACCAACAGGUUAGAAGGACUAGGGCUCAAUCCUCAUGACAAUGACUUUGACCUUGCUGUACGCACAUGGUACAUUGAUCAUCGCACCAUUCAUAGAUGGACUGCACCUCGCAUUCUGCAAUUGGUUGGACCUCCAAGGGGAUGGGAAGCACAAAUUCAAUCCUUGUGGGUAGACCAAAUCAACAACGAUGACUGGUUCGAUGUGAUCAUUGUAGAGCCUGAUCCCCCGAGACUUGCACGACAUGCGUUUGUAGUAUACGACAUGAUUGUCACCCAGUCUCUGAACAUGCCACGUGUCGCUGCCAUGGUCACUGUCUUGCCAGGUAGAGCCGACACCUUCCAGAUGUAUUCGGUGGCCUAUUUGCCCUCUUCUUGCAUAACUAGCGAUGCACUAUUUGACCAUGCAGGCAUUCCGCCAGACCAGGUUGCAGCCACACCUGGGCUUAGCGCCUACCAUGGCACAACACACAUACCUCAUGGAAGCUCUUACCCAGUGCACUCGGGUUUUGCCUUCGAAGUGGUCACUGACUCACUUGACUUUGAGGAAGAAGGAAGUGCUCUCCUGCAAAUCCCCCAUGCCUGGCCAGGAAAGGAACACCAAACCCCUGACAUGCCCAAUGCAGCUACUGACCGCAACAGCCAUGCUGUUUGCUGUGAGCAACUCCUGGAGUUCUUGCGACAGCUUGCUAUGGCCAUGCAGCAAAUCACCACAGCUCUUUCCUCCAGAACGGUGGUUUCAAUGAAGCACAUGCAGUCAGAGCCUCACCCAGAGGUAACACAACCCAGCCAUUCCUCACUAUGCAAGGUCCCCCCAGUUGAAGCUGAUGCCGCUCAUUGCACCACACCAAGACUGGGACGACAACCCGACACCCUGCACCGAUGGCAGCACCUAGCUGCCAUCAGACCCAAAGAGGCCCGUCCUAUGGCACCCAUCUUGACGUGGUAUGUGGAUCAUGAGCGCUACCCACAGUGCUUUGCCCCAAGAGAAGUGUUUGUCACUCGCCAUCCACAAGCAUGGAAGCGACUCAUCCUCCAAGCAUGGAAUGACCUUUAUUUGCCUGCCAAUCAGGUUGAAAUCGUCAUCGUCCAGCCAAAUCCAAUCAUGAUGGAAGAACACUUAGUAGCGCAUGUGAUGGUGCUCCAACAGCAAGUGCCAGGAUUCACCACUGCGCUGCUCACCACACUGGACAGUGCUACACCUGGCAUACACAGGCGCCUUGCCACCAUUGCCCCAGCUGAGCUUAGCAGAGCCACGCUACUUGCGCUAGCCUUCCAUCCCCAGGAAUGUGAGCAAGCAUACAACACCUGCGACACAUGGGUUGGGGAAGACGCCCUGGAUGAACAGGCGCCCAUGCAACUCUUGCCAGGGUCAUCAUGCACUGCUGCAUUGCACCGACAUAGGCCAAUACCACCAGGUCAACCAGACCCAUGGAAUAGCAGUACUCCCAAACACUGCCCAUAUCGAGUGACGCUUUGCUUGCAAGCAGCCCUUCCUGCGAAGGCACCACCAGCGCAGGUCAGUCUCGAUGAUGACAGGCCGCAAUUGCUUUGGUUUGCCAAUGAAGCCUGGAAACUUGCCCUUGAAGCUGAACUGCCAUUGACGCUUCUUCCCCUGCCUGAUGGGCUUGUAGUUCCUGAGCAAUCCUACUGGCCAUUGCUCCAACCGCCACCAUUGCCAGAUGCAGCCGACAUGACAUACACACUCUAUCUGGAUGGAGCGGCCAAUGGCCAGGAAGCAGGAUGGAGUGUCAUUGUGAUUGCGAGCAGCCACCAGCAAGAGGCUUUCCUUGGAUGCAUUUAUGGUACUGUACAGCUCAGCCCCCAGCACCCUGACUGGCUAGGGGCAACCACAGCGGACAACAUCUCUGCCGAGCUGUCGGCCAUGGUUGCUGCUCAAAACCUCGCAAUGCGAUGGUCCGGCAACAACCAAUUUUGUAUCCGACCUGACCUUUCGCUCAGCCACACCGUAGCCACAGCCUCAACCACAUGCAAGUCCAACCAGCCCCUUGCUAAGCUAUGUGGAGCUUUGGGUCUUUGGCUAGGCCCCAAAGCGACCAUCCAUGAAGUCAGAGGCCAUCAAGGGCAUGCCUGGAACGAACUAGCAGAUGCCGUUGCAAAGUGGGCAAUGCAGCAACACACUGACCCAAUGACAGGGCAAUUUGUGCAACUGCACCAACUUGCCACCAACCCACACGACGUGGAUUGGGUGUGGAUGCAAACCACGCAUCCUGCAAUUGCAACCUGUUUCCCACCGCUCAGUCAACAGCAGGUUAUGCACUUCACGCAGCCUACCACUAAGCUCGGCAUCUUGCCCACUGAACGCCAAAACAGCGACCAUCAAGAAGCCGGACUGAAAUGGGGCAUUAAGGUUUGUACAACCAACGUUCUAGCAGCAGAGGUCUGGGCCACACACACUGCAGGCACCAAACGUACCGGGCAAAGGACGGUGCGUCUUGACCAGCAAUGGCACCAAGCCAACAUUCAUGUCAUCGGCGUUCAAGAGGCCCGAACGCCACAAGGACGCUACAAUGCACCUCAUUAUCAUAUCCUGGCCUCAGGUGCCAAGUGCAAGAGGGCCCCACUCUAUGGGUGCGAAUUGUGGAUCCACAAAACUUUGCCGAUAGCAACAGACCCUCAAGGGAAACCCAUUGUACUCGGCAAAGCGAUCCUUACUGUCCAGCACGCAGAUCCACGCCGCCUGCUGGUAGAAGCGAAGAUCGGCCAAUAUGUUUAUGCGUUCAUUGUCCUGCAUGCCCCGAGCCUUGCCACAGCAGCACACGACGUUCCGGACCCCAUCGAAGCAGCCACGCAGUGGUGGGAUGAAACAGCAGCCCUUUAUGCCAAAUAUGUGACUGCUGGAGCCCAAUGGGUUUUCAUUGAUGCCAAUGCUCCCCUUGAUGAUGGGGAUGGCUUGCUUAUUGGACCUCAUGGGGCUGAACCAGCCAAUCAUGCAAGCGCACGGUUUGAGAGCUUCAUCCAACUGCAGCAACUGAUGGUGCCUUCCACCUUUGCCUCAAUCCAUGAAGGCCCCACCACAACAUGGACGCACAGCACAGGAAAGAAGAGCCGCAAGGACUACAUCCUCCUCUCCCAGGACGUAGCCAAGUUGGCUAGCAAAAGCUGGGUGGAAGUACACCAUGAUAGCACAUUUGCGCACGAAGACCACCUGCCGGUCGUCCUGCAGUGUGCCGGAUGGUUACCCACGUCCAGUACCCACCCGACCAUUGGAUGGGACGAUCGAGCCAUGCUGGACCCAGCCCAGGUUGAUGCAUUCCAGCGAGCGCUGCGCACACUCCCACUGCCGGCAUGGGACAUUGGGAUAGACGACCACGCUGCCCUGUAUGAGCAGCAGUUGCUGGCCCUCGGCCGCCAGUUCUUUGCACGCAAACCCCGCAAAGAACGCCCUAUCACCCUCAGCUCCCAGACAUUGGAAGCCAUUGCAUUCAAAAGGCAUGUGCUGGAUAUCGGCCGUCAAACCAACAGUAUGCACCUUGAAGACUUCAAGGUGGAACUGCGCAGCAUCGAAAAGACUGUCGCUCGUUUAGUGCGUGAUGAUAUCCAAGGUUUCUACAAUGACUUGCUGAAGCAGAUUCAGGCCUCUGGAGAAAUCUCCAACCACCGCUUGGUCUUUCGACUCCUCCAUAGGUUGGGCCGCAAGAAAGGUGCAGGAGCCAACGGGCCUCGGCCCUUACCCAUGAUCCAGAAACCUGAUGGUACCACUGCCAGCUCCUACCUUGAUCAGCAGCGCACAUGGAUGCAUCAGUUUGCAAGCAUUGAGGCUGGUGUCCCCCGUACUUGGGACGAGCUUGAGCAGCAGCAUGCUGCCUUGCACCCCUCCCAGCCCUGCAAUGACCUUGAACCAGCAGCCUUCCCAGGCCCAUGGCGCAUCCGCAUGCUCAUUGCAAAAUUGCACAGGGACAAAGUCCCGGGUCCCAACCUUGUGCCACCUGCGUUGCUUAAGGCCGGGGGUAGUGUAGUGGCUAAACAGCUUUCAGUCAUGUUCACCAAAGCUGCUGCAGGCGCUCAGGAACCCCUACAUUGGAAAGGGGGGAUCCUGAUCCCACUUUGGAAGGGAAAACUGGCGCCUCACCUGGCAGAGGGAUAUCGAAGCAUCUUUAUCUCGAAUUACACUACCAAACUUUAUCACCAGUGUUUCCGUGCCCAUUUGGUAGAUGCCUGGGAGCAAACGCUGACACACCUCCAAUGCGGAGGCAGGAAAGGCAUAGGUGCCGACGUGGCUCACCAUAUUGUACAAUGCCACCAAUCAUGGUGCAAAGAGAAAGCAGUGCCUUCCGCUGCACUCUUCUUUGACCUUAAAUCGGCAUUUUACAUGGUGUUGAGACAGGCCUUCACUCAGAUUCCCUCCCAUGAUGAUGCAUUCAUGGCAGCAAUGUAUCAAGUCGGGCUGUCCCCUGCCGAAGUUCACAAAUUGAUCACCAAUGCGGCAACCGAUGAUGCUGUCAAAGGGCUCCCACGCCACAUGCAACACAUCCUGCAUGACCUGUUGCACAAUACCUACUUUACAGUGCAAGGCCUCACUGAACCAUGCCAAACCACUCGAGGCACCAGGCCAGGUGAUCCGAUCGCAGACGUGUUGUUUAACCUCUGUAUGCACCUCAUCCUGACCGAUUUCCGUGCCACCAUGGAGCACAGCAAUGAUGUCCCGUGGUUAGGCCAAGCCAGUCCAGUCUCGGACUUGAGUGACAUCCCCAGCAUACCGCCCACAGGAUUCAUUGAUGUUACCUUCGUGGAUGACUGCGUGGUCCUCAUCCAUGGACGGUCCAACGACAGUGUUGCCAACACCAUGAAAGCCGUCGUUCAAGCCAUGGACAAAGCUGCCGCAACACGAGGGCUCAGCAUCAACUAUGAACGUGGCAAGACGGAGGCACUCUGGACCAUUCUUGGUAAAGGGGCCAGGCAGAUGAAACAGACUCUCCAUGAAGCCGGUCAAACCCUGCAGUGGGCACACGAAGGCAUUCAGUAUACGAUACCACUGUGCCACACCUAUAAGCAUUUGGGAACAUGGCUCCAAGCACACCACAAGCAUACCAGGGAAAUCCUGGCCAGGAGCUCGGCAGCCAAGCAACAGUAUGGACAGCUGGCCAGACCCUUUUUCACCAAAAAGUGUAUCACCCUGCCGGUCAAGAGCGCCAUUUUCCAAUCCUUGGUGCUCUCCAAGAUGCUUUACAAUGUGCACACGUGGACAUCCGUCACGCCCAAGCACAUGCAAACCUGGACUAACCACCUCAAAGCCCCCGCUGGCACCCUGCCUAAGGGGCUGCUGAUGGCGCCCACCAGAUUCAUGCAUUCCACUGAUGAAAUGAUGGCCUGCGCAGGUAUCCUCCCGCUCAUGGACCAAGUUCACGCCAACAGGCUUAGGUUCCUUGCACGGCUGCUUAAUGCCUGUCCCCCCAUCACCUGGGCGCUGAUGCACCACACCACAGGACAUCACUCCUGGAUGGCACAAUGCAUGGACUCGUGCCAAUGGCUGCUUUAUCACUAUGACAGCAAGCUUCCCCUGAGCACCUCAUCGCUCUUCCAGGACUGGGUGCAGUUUGUGCGACUGGACCCCAACUGGAAAGGCAGGGUCCGAAAAACAUGCAAGCUCGCCUUGUCGUACCAUCGGGCCAGAGCUGACCAUGCCAUUUGGCAACGGCACUUUGACAGCCGGUUAGCCACCGCAGGAGCCACCCUGCCCGACAAAAACAAGCCGACGCCAGCUCCAGAGCGUUGGCAAUGCGACCUGUGCCAAAAAGUGUUCACCUCCACCAGAGCACUAGCCAUGCAUGCGGCCCGAGGCCAUGGCUACAGGAAAAAAGUCAGGUACUUUGCAAUUGGAGACACAUGCCAAGCAUGUGGGCAAAAUUUUCACACAAGAAAAAGGCUGUCGGUGCACUAUGAAAAGCAGCACAAGUGCUAUGACAUAGUCACUGCCUGUUGGCCGCCUUUUCCCACCGACCUGGUGCAAAGCCUUGACAUAACCGACAAAGCAGACGAAGCGCUGUUGCGCAAACAAGGGUGGUGGGCCGCAAAAGCUUUCCAACCGGUACAGCAGACCCAGGGUCCUACGCUACCACCUGCGGGGUCUGCGGACGCCCAAGCCAUGUAUAGCAAGAUGAUGCAGAGACGUCCGAGCGACGAACUGGCCUAUACGCAGCUGCAAGGCACACGCAUCACAAAGCUUCCACCAACUGACCCACAGCUUUGGUGGACACGUGCCGACCUCCCGGCCUUCAUCAUGCAGUCGGUCAGCGGCAGAGACUGUGCCGGCGGUGCGUUUACAAUGCAAGGCCUUGCCAGAGAGACCGCCAUGCUCCACGUCCGAGCACUUGUUGUGGUGCACUUCUUCAGCGGAUUCCGCAGGAUGGGUGAUAUCCAUCACAUCCUCGACCACCGCACCAUGGAGACCGGAGCACAGGUCUUUACCAUCUCGGUAGAUCUAUGCAUGCAGCGGGUCAAUGGCGACCUAGCCACGCCCCAGGCCUCACGAUGGUGGCGAGAGCGAGUCCUUGCUGGACAAGUGGUGGCGGCUGGAGGAGGCCCACCAUGUGAAACGUUCACUGUGGCACGACAGUAUGAAGGAGGCCCCAGACCGUUGAGGGACGCAGCCCAUCCCCUUGGUCUUCCGGGACUCACGCUCAAAGAGUGGGCACAGCUACGUAUCAGUGACCGGCUCCUCCGCUUCCUGCUCGAUGUACUCGUGGCCCUUGCUCUCAUGGGAAUGAGCGGCUUUUUGGAACAUCCGCAAUUUCCAACGUGGUGCACCAGAGGCUCCCCGGCGAGCAUUUGGGCCACCGAAGCCCUCAUCAUCCUGAAGAACCUGGGAUGCUUCAGUGUGGUGAGCUUCGAUCAAUGCACAGUGGGCGCCCUGGGGAAAAAACCGACCACUCUACUUCUGCUGAGACUGCCGAAGGUGCGGGACCGGCUCUUGGGACGUGGCCGCUGUGGGCGAUGCAAUCACCCACCUGGAACACAUGUGGCGCUGAUAGGCCGCCAGGAAGAUGGCACGUUCCACACGGCCAAAGCCAAGGUAUACCCCUACGGCCUCAACAAGAUUCUGGGUGAAGCACUCUUCGACGCAGCAACACAGUGGCAACACCUCAACAUCGCCACUGACUUGCCGGCGGAGUUCACUCCUUAUCUGGAGCAGUCGUGCCAUGCCCCCGAGAUCGUACAACCGGUGGAGUACGAGUUGGACGAGGGUCUGAUCUCCUUCGGCUCCUGCCUGGAACGAGGCCAAUACGCCAAGGCGGUGGACCUCUUGGAGGAACUUCCACUGACGCCCGAGACAGAGGCCAUGUGGCGUUCACUGGCAGAUGCCUCCAUGGAGCACUUCAAUCUGCCGGUGGCCGAGCGCUGCUAUGCUGUGCUGGGCGACGUGGCCAAGAGCCGAUACCUGCACAAGGUGAAUCGCCUCAUCCAAGAUCAUGCUGAAGAAGUGGGCGGUGAUGGAUCCAGUUACUACAUGGCGCAGGCCAAAAUGGCCAUGUUGGCCAAGCAGUUCCAACGGGCAGAGGCCAUUCUGCUGGACCACAACGAGUUGGAUGAAGCCCUGGCCAUGUACCAGGAGCUGCACAAGUACGACGAGUCGAUUCGCCUGGCGGAACGCAAGAACCAUCCCAAGGUGAUGCAUCUCAAGAACUUCUACCUCCAGUGGCUGCUAUCCACGCAGCAGGAGGAGAAGGCUGGAGAACUGCAAGAGAUCGAGGGCGACUAUGUGAGGGCCAUCGAGCUGUACCUUCGUGGUGGCAUGGCCGCCAAGGCUGCGUCAGUGGUGCAGAGGCACAAUGCCAACUACUCGCAGGAGCUGUUGCAGAAGAUCGUGGCAGGGCUUCAGGCCAGUGGCAUGCACGACCGCGCGGGUGCCUUGUACGAGCGCAUGGGGCUCAUUCAGCCUGCCAUGGACGCCUAUCGUCGGGGCCAUGCCUACCGGCAGGCGAUCGAGCUGGCCAAGCAUUCGCAGCCGGGCCUGGUGGUUGCAUUGGAGGAAGAAUGGGGCGACUGGUUGGUUUCGCAACGACAGGUGGAUGCUGCCAUCAACCACUACAUCGAGGCCGGCUCCGCCAUCAAAGCCAUCGAUGCGGCCAUGACGGCCAGACAAUGGCACAAGGCAGAGAUGUUGUUGGAUCAGGUGUCCAUGGGCGCCGAUCAAAGCUUCGCAUUGCCCUUCUACGAGAAGUUGGCCACGCACUACGGGCAGUCGCGCCAGUUUGACCAAGCUGAACGCGCCUUCAUCAAAUCCGGACGUCCGCAACGGGCGGUCCAAAUGUACGUGGAUCACGCGCAGUGCGCCCACAUCGCGGCGUUGGAACAAACGGGCAAACUCAACGAGGCGGAACAGAUGUAUUUGGCCGUGAACGAAUUUGACCUGGCCAUCAACAUGUACAAGAAGCGCGAAGAGUACGAGCAGAUGCUACGCUUGGUGUCCAAGUAUCGCAAGGAACUCCUGAACGACACCUACAAACACAUCGCGGAGCAAUACGAGAUGAAGGGCAACUUAAAAAAGGCAGAGCAUUACUACGUUGAGGCCAAGAUGUGGACCAGCGCCAUGUCGAUGUAUCGACAGCUGGAGCAGUGGGAGGAUGCCAAGAGAGUGGCCAAGGUGGUGCUGUGGAUUUCGCCACGAUGA